ACAAUGAAGGAUUCCGUUGCAGGUUUUUUUGAGAUGGUACGCAUUCACGGGAGAGCGUUGUCUUGGCAUCUAUUAUGGGGUGCACGAUGUGUGUGAGCAUUUCGUUGCGAUAGCCAGCUGCAGUAGAAGGGAACCUCACCCUGAGAUGUCCGUAGCACACAGUAUAAGUACUUGUAAACAAGCAGAAAACUCGCAAAUCCGAGAUCUAAGCGCUGUGGCAUCUGAUAAAUCGGAAGAUGGCAAUGUUUCCCCGAAACCAUCGUCACCGCUGUGUGGUCGACGUGGUGAUGUCACUUAAAAAUCACAAGUGGAGCUGAUACACAGUAUAUAUCCAACAACGCGCCCAAAUAAACCUCUCCUCAUAGUAACGACUUCCUCUCCACGCACAGGAUCCGAAUCUCUUGCAAGCCGCCCUCAUUGAUCACUAAACCUACCUACAUAAACUCCUAUACACGUCUCAUUAAACACAAUGUCUGACAAGGGACAAUUCGAGCAAGGAUACCAGGUGCCUGUCCAGCAUCAGGACGUCCCUGGACUGCAAUCAAAACUCAACCCCGCACCCCAAGUUGACCAUCUCCCCACGCCGGAUGGCGGAUCACAACUCUACAAGGCGGCCGGCAAGUUGGAAGGCAAGAAAGCAUUGAUUACCGGUGGAGACUCCGGAAUCGGACGUUCAAUUGCCGUGCUGUACGCCAUGGAGGGUGCAGACAGCUACAUCGUCUAUCUCCCCGAGGAAGAGACGGACGCACAGGAGACGAAGAAGCUAGUCGAGCAGAAGGGAAGGAAAUGCUGGACCCAGGCCAUUGACAUCCGGACGAAGGAGAACUGCAAGAAGAUUGUGGAGGAUGCUUUGAAGGCUAUGGGAAGCAUCGACAUUUUGGUUAAUAAUGCCGCGUAUCAGAUGAUGGUGGAGGAUAUCAAAGACCUGUCUGAGGAUCAAUGGCAUCGGACCUUCGACACCAACAUCCAUCCCAUCUUCUACCUCUCCAAGUAUACCCUCCCACACAUGAAACCCGGCAGCACCAUCAUCAACAACGCCUCCAUCAACGCUUACAUCGGCCGUCCCGAUCUCCUCGACUACACGACCACCAAGGGUGCAAUUGUCUCCUUCACCCGCGGUCUGGCGAACCAGUACGUAUCUAAGGGUGUCCGUGUCAACGCCGUCGCUCCGGGACCCGUCUGGACGCCACUUAUCCCAUCAACCAUGACCGAUGAGGCUAUCAAGCAGUUCACUGCCCCUAUCGGAAGGCCUUCUCAGCCUAGCGAGAUCGCUACCUGCUUUGUGUUCCUGGCUGCGCCAGAUAGCAGUUCCAUUACUGGACAGGUGAUUCACGCCAACGGCGGUGGCUUCACUACCAGCUAGAGAAGUGCAUCCAGGCGCGCAAACCAUGCUUUUGCGCACGGUAUACGAGAUACGAUUGAUGAUUAUCAAAGUCGAGGAAGCUGGGACAGUAUGAGCACUAGGUAGCGUUCGAUGUAAAUGAUGACCAGGUCAAUUUGAUUCACUUCGAAACCUUUCCGCUGUCUCACCGGGUGAAAAUUGAUAAACGAUGGAUUCAUAUUGCUGGUUAUCCACACUUACGCCAAUUUACAGGGUACUUGCACACACCAGCCACGCAGAAAGAAUCAAGCGAAAUCAGAUGACAUUGAACGCUUAGCCGGGGGGAAGCAUGCUCUGGUCAACAACGUCUUCAGCUGCCUUCUC